AUGAAUGAUGGAAAUACUGCAACGCCAUGCUGGCUGGGUAACAUCUCAUGCCUGGCAGACCCUGAGGACCUUCUGAUGUACAAAAACACUGAGGCCUUCAUUGUCAUCCAGGAUAUACUCAUAAACUGCACACGUGAGGGUCUCAGUCUGCCCAGCCACCUGCUUUCCAGUUUGUUAUUGGACAACAAUGAGUUAAAGGACCCCUCCUCGCUCACCCCUCAGCAGCUGGCAAAGGUUGCCCACCUUCUGCCUGUACUGGGUGUGAACUUCCUGCAGGAUCUUACUCCAACUCAGCUGGCUGCUGUCCUCCCUGUCCUCCAAACAGUCAAAUUCAGCCCUGCACAGGCUGCCAUUAUAGUAGAGAAGCUGUCCGCAGUUAUGACACUGAGCGCUCCUGGAAAGCUGGAGGAGCUCGGUUCUCUUGUUGUGGGAGUGAAGGCAGAGUUCUUUUUGUCUCAGACCGCUGAUAGGCUGCUGGCAUCUCUACCUGCCAUGGCCCAACGCACACCAGCCCUCAGCCAUGUACAGUGCACUGCACUCUCCACCAAACUAUGGGGCUAUUUAGAAGUAGUCAAUUGGUUGGAUUAUGUGGAACCUCUGCUCUACUGCACGCCGCUGCUCAGUGUCCAGCCCAGGGCUCCUCAGCUGGCAUACAACAUCAGCACAACGUCCACAAAAGGCUUCAACACACAGCAGGCUAAAGCAAUUUUUAAACAGCUCCAAGCUCUUAAACCAAACCUAAUCAAAGAUGAUUUCGAGAGUCUGGGUACAGUGGGUCAGGGUGUGAGCUGUACGGCCAUAAAGGAACGUCUCAAAGCUAAUUUAUCACCUGCAUCUGUGAGAAAAAUCCUGGCCUUCCUCAGACAGCAGCCCACUCUUCUCCACACCUCACUGAAAAAAUGUGUGGUUGAAGAGGUGUAUCAGUAUGAGUUCUUUCCCAAUAUUCUGGAAGACCUUGGAGCAGAGCUUGCCCUGUCCAUGCCGGUGAGCAUCAUUAAGAAGUUCUCUGUGGAAAGUACAAACACUCUACGGAAGCUGAUUAUUCAGCAUCCAUUUCACUUUCUCCUGCUGUCGAGAAUAAAACAGGAUCUGCUGGUCGACAAAAUAGUGCAGAGAAUGCGUAUGUACACAGGUGUGUUCACAGAGGAGGAGUUUCGUUCAUUGGGUCAUUUGGCGCCGUUUGUGCCCGGUGAAGUAUUCGUUCAGCUGGACCGACGAUUUUUCGUUGAGAAUUUAAACUUCCUCCAGGAAUUCUGCUACGGCGGCAACAAGAUGGACAUAGUGGCUCGUAUCUUGCAAGAGCCUGCCACUUUUGGGCCGGUGAAGACAUGGAACAAGGCGACACUCAGUCAGGUGGACAGGUUCACCUUCUUCCUUUCCCUUGACAAGAUACAGGAGAUUCCCAAGGUGCUGAUGACCGUGGGGCGAAUAGAGAAACUGUUCAUGAGUCAGCACCAGUGGGAAAAGGGGGAUGUGGGGAGUCACUGCUUAGACGCAAAUGAGAGACAGAAGCUUUUUGAGAAGAAGCAGUUUCUUCUCCAGUUUUUCUUGGGUUUCCUCAAAAUACAUCAUCUGUCACCGACUCCCAUGAUUCCUACCUGUGGAAUUCUGCACACAACGGCUCCGUCUGCAUGGACUCCAAACAGUCUGACAAGUAUGUCCGCCAGUGCUUUCUCCAACUGUCUGGAACUGAUGGGUCAGGACCAGUUCAUGGCGUCCUACCAGCGCAGCCAGGUGCUAAACAAAGUCAAACAGAUGUACGGUCCAGUGUCCUCCUUCUCCCAGUUAUUGAUCUCUCAGCUGGGGGCACUCGCUGUGGAAAUGACGUCCGCCGAGCUGAGCAGCCUGCGAUUGACCCAACGGAGGGCCAUCGCUGCUCUGGGCGCCAUCCCCUCAUUGAACGUCAGACAGCUGGAGGCACUGUUCGCUGCCAUGUUGAACUCCACCAAGCAGAUUCCAAGCCAGAUCGACGCCAGCACAUUUGAAGCGCUGGGAUACAUAGUGUGUGGAGCUAAAGUCACAGAAAUGAGCUCCUUCAAUGCUGUGGAGUUUAGUAAGGCCAUGCUCUGGCUUGGUCGGCUGGACCUGAAGUGCACAGAGGACCAGAUGCUGGCCCUUGUUGGGCUGCUGAGCCAUAGCCUGGCUUUUGGACCCAUAAGUUCAUGGGGAACCGAUGUGUUCAUUGAGAUUGGGAUUCUGGCAGCCGGUCUUCCAGAUAUCGCCAUGUCAGCUUUGGUAAAAGAACAAAUCGAAGGAAUCUCACCUUUAGCUAUCUCAAAGAUAGUACCAGAAAAAUUUGCUGUGGUGUUCAGUGCUAAGCAGAUUAGCAUGUUUUCCCACGACCAGGCUUUUGCAGUAACAAAGGAGCAGAUCCUCGCUCUGAAUUAUGUCCAGAAGACAGCUCUGGACAUGGUGCUGACACCAUGGGCGGACAAGCUGGUGGACUUCAGAGGGAGGUCUCUGGGGCUGGCGCUGAGCCCUAGUCCUAUGUGUCUGAUACUGGGACUGCUGAUGCCGCUCAUCAUCCUCUGCUGCCCUGGCACAUGACCCCACUGACCCCCGCUGGAUCACCGGCACAACCACAAUGAUCUCUUUUAUUUGUGCAAUAUUGUACCUCUUUAACAUA